AUGGCUAAAGGAAGCGUUACUGACGAGAACGGCAUACCUUACAACUACCUGAUAGUUAUAGACGCCGGGUCAAAAGGGUCACGUGCCUACGUAUACUACUGGCUUUCCUCGCAGUACCUACUUGCCAAUAACAUUCUGCGCGUGCCUGACGAUCAUGUUAAACUGCUAAAGAGGGUCGAACUAGAUCCGUCCGAUCUUCCUCAGGUCCAGACAGGCAGUCAAUGGCACAAGAAAAUCCAUCCAGGUAUUAGCGAGUUUCAUGAGAACUCGGCCCAUAUAGGACCGAGAUACCUUAAUUAUCUUCUCAAGAAGAUUUACGACAUAAUUCCCAUUGAGCAGCAUUAUCGAACGCCCAUAUUUCUCCAUGCUACAGCUGGCAUGAGGCUUUUAAAACCCAACGAGCAGCAGGCGAUUCUAGACAACGUGUGUUCGUAUCUGCAACAAGAAACCAAUUUCUACCUUCCAGACUGCGCGAGCCAUGUUAAUAUUAUUGACGGUGACGUAGAAGGACUUUUCGGUUGGAUCGCCCUCAAUUACCUGACUGGCGCCUUAGCUGCCAACAGAAGCUCAGCAGGCCUACUGGAUAUGGGCGGUGCAUCCACACAAAUCUCGUUUGAGCCUAACGAGAAGGAGACGACAGAGCAUUACAAUCAAUUAAUUAAUUUAAAGCUGGCCACGAUGGGCCAAGAGGUCACGAACUUGAGAUAUAACGUCUACUCGGACUCGUUUCUUGGAUAUGGGCUUUCGCAAAUGCGGCUGAAGUACCUGCGUGGUCUUGAACACAAGCUGGAGGACGGGAAGGAAUACGUGGAAGACCCAUGCCUUGCUGCUAAGAGACACCAAAUGGUGGAACUCGACGGCGUGGAGAUUGAGGUCAAAGGAACAGGGAAUUAUGAACAAUGCAAUGGAAACGUCUACCAAUUAAUAGCCAACAAGUGUGGGGACAGACAAGAGGUAUCGAGCUGUCUGCUGAGCAACACAAACCCAGACUUUAAUUUGAAUUCUGAGAAUUUUUAUGGAGUCUCCGGAUACUGGGACACAGUUGCCAAGCUGCUCAACUACAACGACAAGGAGGAAAAUUAUGGGAAGAUUUACGCAUACGACAAAAUGGUGCAGGAAACAGAGAAAAUAUGUUCUUUGGACUGGAACCAGCUAAAGGAAUACAAGGACCUUGGAAAAUCAGAGCUAGAGGAGCUAUGCUUCAAAAGCACGUAUUUGAUGAACCUGCUCCACAACGGGUUUGGUUUAAACCGUACGCGAUCGCAUUUCACCGUCAAUGAUAACGUCAACGGGUCGGCAUUUACGUGGACGCUGGGGCGUGCCGUGCUUUAUGCUAGCGAUGAAAGUCUGAUUGAGGUGCAAAACUAUGUCCACAAUUACGUGGACGACGGCAAACGCGACAAGGUGGGGUACUCGCGCAACUCGGCUCCUGGAGUGUUUUUUCGCGGCUCUGAAGUGGACGGGGUACCUCUGCGUCCAGUUUAUGAGAUUUUCGACUCAUAUCAAGAGCCAGGCUUCCUCCGAGACCUCAAGCAAGGACAAGAUUACGAAAACGACGAGGUUGUUGAGAAAAUCGACCGGAAAUCGAUAUUCAAAGCGCACUCGUGGAUAGUUGUGAUGAUAGUAUUGGUUGGUUUGGUUUUUGUCAUUGCGAACAAAUCGCGUGUGCUACGUCUCAUUAACGAAUUCGUGCUGUUUCUUUCGUCAUUGGUGAAAAAAUAUAUACACGGUCGCGCAGGCGGCAUCCACUGGCCAUAUGUGACCCGGGGACGGUACAAACGAGCAAGGUCGAUGGACAUGGGUGCCAGUGAGGUGGAACUCAGCGAGAUGGAUAUUGCAGAGCCGGAAGACUCCGAGUUCGAUCUGGGCCGGAUACGAGGACUUCGACCUUUCGGAGGAUAG